AUGACUGAUCAAAAGCGUGGAUACAUCAUUGAACAUAUGGAAGACGCCAUGCAUGAAUGGUGUGCUUUGGAAUAUAAGCACAUGCUUCAAAACAUCGGUCCUGAUCACUUAUACUUCACUUCAUUGACAGACAAAUGUUUAAAUGAAGGCAUGCCAGAGGAAGUCAAAACCGCCAAAUGCUACCAAGUAGACGUUUUAAAUUUGCCUGGUGUCAAGCCAGAGGAAAUCUGUUUAUUGGAUCCUGCCGGCACCUCUGAAUUAGCUCCUGAAGAUGGUGAUAAGUUUAAAUAUUUCUUGUUUGGUGGUAUUUUGGGUGAUCACCCUCCUAGAGAUCGCACUGGAGAGUUGCGUAAGUUGGGUUUUGCUGGCAGACGUCUUGGUCCAGUUCAAAUGACCACUGAUACUGCCGUCAAUGUUACCAGAAAAGUAGUUGAGGACAAGAUUCCUUUGGAUGAAGUCCCUUACAUUGAUUACCCUGAGAUCUUCUUUUCUCGCCAUGAGUCUGUCACCAUGCCAUUCAGAUAUAUUGCAGAAACUAAGGCCAUCACUACCAAAGAUGGCGAGCAAAAGACCAUCAAGAAGCCUUUGAUGCCUCCUGGCAUGUUGGAAUUGCUCAAGAAGGAUAAUGAAAUGACUCUUGAUUUUUAA